AGGAUUAAAAUCAUUUGGAAAUGAGGCGUUAAUCAAAUCAAUAAAGUGAGAUAUACAAUAAUAAUAAUAAUAAUUAUUAUUAUUAUUAUUAUUAUUAUUAUUAUUAUUCAAAUAUGAAUACUAAUUAGUAGUACAUUAACUAACCCUAUGAAGGCAUGUGGAUAUGUUCAUCAAUCAAUACACUAAAAACUAUACCUAAGUGAAUGUAUAUCAUCUCAAAUAUAUCACUGAAAUGGAAUUUUAUGAUUUUUGUUUUGUUUGUUUAUGAAGCCUUUUUUGGUCCAACGGCACUGAUUUCAAUUUACUGCGUUCCGCUCGUUUUAAUCUGCUUGAGAGUUCCGGAAAAAGCCAAUAAGUGGCACUUGAGUAAAAAAAUUACGAAAUAUGUCACAAUGGAGAGUUAAUUCAGAAGAAACUCUAUGUGUCCAGCUUGUGCUUAAAACGAGGGAGAUAAAUCCUCUGUUUGAUUGACAGUGCUGCCAUGACAACCCCGCAUCAGCCCUUGGGUGACCAAUCAGGAGUCUGAUCCAGGGUCCCUCCCUGACUCCCAGGUGAGCUAAAGAGUCAGACUUCAGCAGAUUUCUGUCAGACUGUUUCCAAGACACACUGCUCUCUGGUUUAACUCUGUCAUCCAGAUGGUGUUCAGGUCGCCACUCGACUUUUUCUCAGCCUCCCGGAUCCUCCUACCACACUUUGCAGAUGGGCCACCUAUCAUGGCCCGCUCCCGGUCCCCGGAGGACCCUCCCUCCGCCUGUCCUCCCCUGGCUCUGCCGGGGAUGUGUUUCUCCGCGGCGCAGAUCGCCAGCGUCUGCGAGACCCUAGAGGAGACAGGAGACAUCGAGCGGCUGGCCCGCUUCCUCUGGUCCCUCCCGGUGACCGCGGACGGCCGCGACCCCAUCACCGAGCACGAGUCCGUGCAGCGGGCUCGCGCCGUGGUGGCUUACCACACGGGGAGUUUCCGCGAGCUUUAUCACAUCCUGGAGACGCACCGCUUUACGCGCGCAUCGCACGGGAAACUUCAGGCGAUGUGGCUAGAGGCUCACUACCGGGAGGCGGAGAAACUAAGGGGGAGGCCGCUUGGACCUGUUGACAAGUACCGCGUGAGGAAGAAGUUUCCGUUACCGAGGACAAUCUGGGAUGGUGAGCAAAAGACGCACUGUUUCAAAGAGCGCACAAGGGGGCUGCUAAGAGAGUGGUACCUGCAGGACCCCUAUCCGAACCCGGGGAAGAAGCGGGAGCUGGCCCACGCGACUGGACUCACACCGACUCAGGUUGGAAACUGGUUCAAGAACCGGAGACAGAGAGAUCGGGCGGCAGCAGCCAAAAACAGGUUGCAGCAUCACCGGAUGUGUCCAGAUGGAGUACGGUCACUCAGCGGAGGAGAGUGCAGUCCAGAUGAAAAUGGGGAACGAGCAGAUGGAGAAACUCUUCUCUCAGUAACAGACAGUGACUCUGACUUGGAUGUUUGAGACUUGAAUGUAAAAUGGACCUUCGAGGGGCCUGUGAUGGUCAGUUGAGGAUUACCAGAGAGGGGAGGAUGAGGACAAAAGGCUCUUCACGGUUUGGGUUGCAAUAAAUGUUCAGGGCUUAUCACAGUUGUAUCCCCAUCCCAUCAAACAGGUGAUGUAACAAGUUGCUAGAAGUUUUUUUCUUUUGUUUCCUGAGAAUGUGAAAUAUUUGUCUCUAUGCUGCUGGGUUUACAUUUGUUUGAUCACCAGACCCACAUUUUAGAUUUUUAACUUCCUCCAUGCAUGCAUGGUGCAUCUGUUGACCCAGCUUAUCAUCACCCUGAUUAAACUGACCUCAAGCCUUGGACCCCCAUUGGACUUUAACCCAGGGACCCCCCACUUGAAAGGACCUUUACAAACUGCCAGUGAGAUAAUCACUCUUAAUUAUGUGUCAUUAUGUUUUUUUUUAUUUUGAAACGAGUUGUUUCUCUAAAAGACCCCAGGAUGUCCACUGCUGUAGACAAUCAAUACGCACUAAAGCCUUGCCUUCCUGUCUGGCUGUUUCUAUGUUUAGGAACUUUUCUUUCUUUCUUUACCCUCACUUCUACUUUAUUUAAAGUUCACAGAGUUCGCUGUGCAGUCUGUGUGUGAUACUAUG